GGCGCGGAUGCAUCAUGGCACGGCAAUUCACGCGGCAGGAGGUGGAGGCGCACAAUUCGCCGCAAGACGCGUUCAUUAUUAUUGACAACAUCGUGUACGACGUGACUCCUUUCCUAGAGGACCAUCCGGGAGGUGCGGAAGUACUGCUAGACAACGCGGGCCGCGACGCCUCGAAGUGCUUCGAUGACGUGGGGCACAGCGACGACGCGCGUGUUUGGCGCUCGCGGUUUAAGGUUGGCGAGGUGGCCGAGGCAGAGUGCUGGCCGGUGCGAGCCCCGAAGACGGGCGGGUCCGACCGUGACGAACCGCUCACGCUGCAAGGGUUGGCGGCCGUGGCCAGUACGCCACUGGCGUUCGCUGCGGUGGCCUACUUCAUCUUCAUCUACCUCUUCUAGCGCUUUCUGUUUUGAGCCACCUCUUAAACUUCAACAUCUUAAAAUUCUAUGCCUAUCGAGCGUGAAGUGAUGUAGUUAGUGAAGGAAAUUGUUUGUGUCAUAGUUAAAUGUACUUAUAAUAAUGUAGA